CCAUAUUUUUGCCCACAUAUGACGGCAGACCGUUGGUCACACACGACGUGGUCAUCGUUAGCGUCAACUAUAGGUUAGGAGCGUUUGGUUUCUUAUAUGGCGGCGAAGAGUCGGCUCCGGGAGAUGUUGGCUUUUUUGAUCAGCUUUUGGCACUCAAAUGGACGCGAGAAAACAUUCAUUUGUUUGGCGGAGAUAAGGAUCAAAUCACUAUUUUUGGUGAGAGCGCCGGCAGUUGGUCCGUAUCGGCACAGAUAUUGUCGCCCCAAUCGCGGGGUCUGUUCAAGAGAGCUAUCCUCGAGUCCGGAGCCGUAUUUCAGGACAAAAAACAGGGCGUUUUGACCAAAGAAAACGCUUUACUCGAGGCUAAAGAAAUGGCCAAAUCAUUCAAAUGUACGGAUCCUAAAGAUUGGUUGAAUUGUCUCCGCAAAGUUGAUGCCAAAGACAUUUUGACAAAGCAUUUGGACAUCUUUCCCAUCAUUGGCACAGAAU